ACACAUUGACCCCCAGAGAGUCACGUGAUAUUAGAUAUAAUUUUGGGAAACAAUUUGUUGAACCAAUCAGUGGUUGAGUUAUAUUUCGAGUGAUUCAAUAGAACACAACAAAAAUCGAAUACAAAGAAUGAGUCAAUAAUUCAUAGAUUUUGGUAUUGUUUUGAAUGUUUGUAUUGUUUGGUCAGUCAGUGAUAGUAAGUGUCCAACAAUUUAGUGACCAAUUGAUUGGUUGUCAUUGUGUCCACUCAGACAUACAACACACUCACUGAUGGAUCAAUUGUUUAAACAGAUGGACAAUACAUUCAAUGAUAAUGUUAUGUCCACUAAGCGAUCUCUGGACAACAAUGACAGUCAGUAUCGAAAGAGAUGUCGCGAUAAGGAUAUGGAUGUAAAUAACGGAUCCGAUUGUCAUAACUAUUAUAUAACAACAAACUGUGGUCACAGCGAUGAUAAUGACGAUGAAGAAGAAGAUGAUGACAGUUGGUAUGAAAUGAGUGAAGACGAACGCCGAUUGAUGGACAUUAACAACCUAUUGGUUAAUAUAUCAUUAAAUCGUAUUGAGAUUGAAUGGCCAGACAUAGAGUCAGUGACAAACACUAAGAACUCGAAGACAGAGACCGAUGUUUACGAUAAGUUUCCGCCGAAAUUGAAGAGCAUUUUGUUUGGCUAUCGAUUGGACGAAAUGCUUUCGGUUACUAAACGAUCGGCCAUUUUUGUAGUACAGAAAGUAAAGGAACCGAACAAUGAAUUGAUACUCAAAGUGGCCAUUGAGGGCGGCUUUUAUGCUCUCGAAGAUGAAAUUGAAACUUAUAUUAAACUGACUAAUUGUAGUGCCGUUUCUCGUAUUAGAGAUUAUAUUAGAUGGAAAGACUACAAACAUCAGUGUUAUGCCAUUCGUUGGGGUUUUCUAGUGAUCGACAAAAUGGGACUCAAUUUAACUCAACUCAUGUCGAGAAAUACAAUGUCAAUGAUUGGUCCGAUGGCACAGGUAUUCAAGUUUGCCGUCCAAAUGAUUGAUUGUGUACAACGUUUUCACUCCAGUGGUUAUAUUCACUGUGCAAUUAAUCCGCAAAAUAUUAUUCUCGAAAGUGAUAAAACAGAUAGAGUUAGACUAAUUAGUCUCAGUUAUGCCAAAUCAUAUGUUAUAAAGUCAACCGACGGUACAAUUGUUGGCCAUAUUGAUGAUGAAACAGAUCACCGAAAAAUACCAGUCAUUCGAGCUGAAAGUGAUCCGAAUUUUCGGUCUAUUGGUUUCCAUAACGGUUAUUGUCAGUCCCGACGGGACGAUAUGGAAUCAUUGGGCUAUUGUAUGAUAUAUUUAGCCACCGGAACACUUCCAUGGAUUAGUGCCAAACAACAAAACUUGUCGUCCACUAGAGUUAUCCGUCAAAUCGGUAAACGAAUGCAAGCGACUUGUCUGGAUGUGCUCUGUGAUGGUUUACCACAAAAUUUUAUCAAAUACUUUGAUCUCAUUAGUAAUUUAAAGUUCAAAGACGAACCCAAUUAUCAACAAUUGAAGGCAUUUUUUCAAUGAAUAUUUUUUUAUAUAUCACUAUAUUUUUGAAUUAUUUAUACAAAUUUAUAGCUAAUUGUUGACAAAUAUGUUUAUUAUUAAUAUUUAUUUUUAUUAACAAAAUAGUUACACAAUUAUUGACCACAAAAGUGACUUAUUGUAGACAUGGGUU